GUACAUUUGUCCCAAAAUUAUACAUACUGUCGACCGCUAUGAUUAGCUUCCAGCAGUAUCCGACCUUUCCUGACUUUCAGCCUCCUUUUCUUCCCCAGCACUCUCAUCAGCCGUCUCUGGCGAGCUCUCCAUCCCAGCAGCGGCAGGUUGAGCCUUGGGAAUCUUCCCCUGCAAAAACAACAACUGCGUCUUUCCAACCUGCCCCUGUCUCGACUUGUAUUCUGUCGUCCCAGGCACCUCCUCCAGCACUUUAAUCACCUCACCAAAAACCUGCUUCGCCUCCUCAUCAUUCGCCUUCCUCUUGCUCUUCUUCUUGGGAUGCAUCAUCGUAACCUCAACCCUAUACCCCUUCUCCAAGAACCCCUUCAGCCUCCUAAUCUUCGUGGCCAAGUCAUGCGGCGCCAUCGCCCAGUUCAUCUCAACCUCCUUUGUGACAAUCUUGACCCCAUUCUGCAGCUUCUUCUUCUCCGCCUUCAUCUGUGUAUAAGCCUUCUUUUGCUCGUCCCCUUGAAGAAUAAUCCUGCAAAUAGGGAACGGGCGGCCAGAAUGCGGCUCUGCAAUCUGUUCGAGCGCGCUCUUGUUCAAGUCUAGAUUCCGCAAGACUUCGAUCUUGUCUUGGGGUUCGCUGAGGGUGCCAUCUUUGGUGCGGAUGACGACCAUAUUGCCUCUGAUGUUGUAGUUUAGAAUCCUGCCAUCGGUGGCUUUUGGCUCUCUUCUGUCCAAGGUGGGAGACCUUCGAAAUGUUCCAACUGGGAAUCUCUCGGUUUCUGGGCUUGCUCGCCCGAAAAAGGAACGUUGCCGCGAUGGUGUUGCUAAUGAGGGCAACAAAAGUCGCUGAAGGUGCGCGGGACCGGCGAUGGGGGCCGCAUUGUUGAGGAAUACGCUUCGAAUGGCUGCGGCCGAGCUGAAAGCACACGGUGAGCCCUUCAUUUUGUCGGCUGUUUAAGGUUGAGGUUGGAAAAGUUGAAAAGCCCAAGGAUGAGGUUCAACAUUUGCGCCGUUACUGGUUUCCCAUCGGAGAAUAUUAGCCAAUCAUGAAGCUGCAUUGGAGCUCUCACCUGCAGCUACCACGGCUAGCAACAUGGGGGGGCUUGGCAUGACCUCUUCGUUCAUGAAUGCUCAACUUCCAAUUAGACGGCAUCACUUAUGGUCCUUAACCCCGGUGUGAGAAGAGGACGAUAUCGCACUUGUUGUCAGUCAAAGUUCAGCGAUUGAAGGAGUUUCAAACGAUCAACAACUAAUGUCGAGUCUCUACCGGUUACGAGCCAUUACCCGGCCACACAACCUCUCACCUCACAGACCACUCACCCGGCUCUCACUCACACAACCACACCCAUUCAGACCCUCACCCACCUCACCAGCACAGACUAACCUCUCACCACCCCAAAAGUCUUACAGCACCACCACUACAAGUCCCGAAAAUACCCAACCCCAACAUCAACACCGCCAGCAGAACAAUCACCAUGACCAAAACCAACAAUCCCAAAACGAACCAACCCCCCCCUUCCCCCCCCUCCACCCCCUCCGCCUCCUCCUCUCCUACCUCAAACUCCUUGCCCUCGCCCACCUAAUCUGGAACAACCUCCUCUCCCUCGCCCCAGCCCAAGGCCCCUCAAUGCUAGCCACCUACCCGAUCACAGGAACCUGGCACCUCACCUCCCGCCUCUCCCGCCUCGGCCGGAACCUCUCCAUAGGCGACAUAGUAACCUUCACCCUCCCCGACCGCCCAUCCGCCAUCGGCGUAAAGCGCGUCAUCGGCCUCCCAGGCGACUACGUCCUCAUCGGCACCCCCGGCCCAGCAGCAGACGACGCUCUCAUGUUACAAGUCCCAGAAGGCCACGUCUAUCUAGUAGGCGACAACCUCCCAGCCUCAAACGACUCCCGCAUCUUCGGCCCCGUCCCCCUAGGCCUCAUAAGAGGCAAGGUCAUCGCCUCAAUGGAACCCUCCUUUACAAGAGGCCCUUUUGCCAAUUUCGAGUGGGUCAGGAACCCAAUGAAAAAGACUGAGCCGCCUACUAGAGAGGAGGUUUUGGCGGCGAGGGACUUGGAAUGAUGAAUGUAUUUUUGCUAUUAGUUCCCCCCCAAAAAAAAACAAAAAAUACUACUCACCUUCUCUACUGUUUACAUGUA